AUGCAGGGAGGUCCAGGCUACGGGUACGGCGGCUACGGCUACGGUGCCGGCUAUGACAUGACCGGGUACGGCAACGGCGGAGCGUACUACACCAACGACCGGUACCCCACGCCGGCACCGGCGCCGGCUGCCUAUGAGGACCCGCUCGCCGGUCGGAGGCAGCACGACUUCCCGGCGCCGCUCACCGGGCUCGAGUUCCAGCCGUCGGAUGCCUGCCCCAAGAACUACGUCAUCUUUGAUCAGACCUACGACCGGAGCAGGGUCAUGUACAACCCGUCGCUGCCCAACAACUUCGGUUCCUCCGGGGGCUAUGACCAGCACGGCAACAACGGCGGCUAUGAUCACAACUACAGCGGCGGCCACGACGGCGGUAAAUGCUCGACUGGGCAGAAGGAGGACAGCGACGAGAUCGACGCGCUGAUGAGCUCCUGGGACGGCGAGGAGGAAGACGACGUGCUGAGCACGGGUCGCACUUCAGGGUGCCGCGGCGACGGCUCCCCGGACUCCACGUGCUCCCCCGGGUACGUGGUGAGCGUCAGCCCGAGUGGCGGCGGGGGUGGCGAGAGGAAGAAAAACCGGAUGAAGAAGAUGAUGAAGACGCUCAAGGGGAUCAUCCCCGGCGGCGACCGGAUGGACACUCCCGCCGCCCUCGACGAGGCCGUCAAGUACCUCAAGUCGCUCAAGGUGGAGGCCAAGAAGCACGGGGUGCGCGGAUCAAGAAGCUAG